UCGCGAUCGGUCACCGUCGUCACUUUCGUCCGCUAUAUUGUGCUGGAACCAUUAAAAUCAUCAUUUUAGUUUCGAAUACGGUUCGGCACGGACGGUCGGCUAUAGCCUGCAUCAGUAAUAAUUGCAUUUUAGCGCUCUCUGUCAAAGCUACUCCAUUGAAUUUUGUCAAUUUAUUAGUUAUCGUCAUUUUUGUUGUCGAUAAACUUCAAAGUUAUAGCAAUGAACAAUCAAACACCUAAUUCAGCCGCAGCAAAUAACGGAGCAAAUGCGAAUACUACAUAUUGGUACCAGCCGAUUCAGACUGUGCAUAAUAACAUUGUGGUACCUGAACUUGAUAACAGACAAAGUAUACCGGAUUUUUUAAAAAUGAAUAAAGCGGAAUCGAUAAAGCUACUGUCAUUGCUCAGUGACUGGAGAAUGGGCUUCUUGUUCAGAACUCUUUACGAUGCACUGGUCGAUGUCGAAGCAUUAAAAUACAUCACUCCGACCCAAUGCGAAUCACUGUUGAUCGGUUAUCCUCUGGGCAUAAGAGUCAAAUUCGUCGGCAAAUUGUUGGACUGGAGACGUUUGACUAUUGCCGAAAUCGUCAACAACACCAUUCCUCUACCGCCACCACCAUUCCCUGGCGUGUUCUUGUAAUAGAGUAAUUUAUCUAGUACAUUUCAGGCAUCCGAUGUAUCGUAGAAUAAUAGUAAUAAUUACACACAUAAUAAUAAUAAGUAUAGAUACUUACACAUGAGUAAUUUCCCAUGUCAUUAUAAUAUAGUAUAAUAUAGCUACAGCGGAUGUGCACCCUCU